AUGGGUGGACCGUCAUCCAACGCAGCUGUGACUGCGAUUGAAACCACUACUACAUCUUCUAGUUUUUCCUUGACUUCUUCCACCACCCCAACCUCUAUUGCUACUCCCACCCUUACUGACUCAAUUUCUACUUCUACGACCACCGCCACUACUUCAGAGGCUUCUGUUGCGAAUACAUACACAACAUCUACAUCAACAGACCAGAGUACCUCGGCGUUGAGAUCCUCUUCAUCGGUCCUCUCGUCGACACUCGGCAUCCCCUCUGAGACUGCUGGUCCUAAAAAUGACGCAUCACAAAAGAACACUUCGGGAAGCAGAUACAGCACUGGAGCUCUUGCAGGUUCUAUUGUGGGUUCCUUCCUAGGCGGUUUAAUCAUAGCUUUUUUGAUCGCUUUUCUGCUUCGCCGUUAUCGAAAAAGAGCGUCUAGCGCUUUGGAGAACGGACAGGGCUCUUUAUCCGGCACUCCUGAGUCCCCAAAGGAUCCCACAGAUAGUCUCAGCAAGAAUCCCAACUCUUCCAUCAUCGCAGGGUACAAAGAACCUUCCCACGUGUCUCCUAAUUUCAUGACAUUAAGGUCUUUUGACCUGACCCGUUAUGUUCCCGAACCUGCGGACGACACCACUAUCUGUAUGCGAAUACAGACUUUCUUUGAUCAAGCUGGCUUGCAUAUCGACAAUUAUUACUCGCGGCAAGAUUUUGCCCCUCGACUGAGCCAGGAAGAUACCGUCCGCGUCAAUGACUAUGGCUCGCCAUUCUUAGGCACACAGCUAGCCUCUUUGCUUUCCAGCUCCCGGAAUCAGAGAGUUGUUCUCACUCAUGUCCUGAUACACAAUCUCCUACAAAGUAUCCGUCCCGGAAAUUCGACCCGAUCUCUACUACCGGCAUGCUACGGCAUUGAUCGGGAACCUCGAGAAAACUCGCCCUCGAUGUCCGAUGACGAUCAUGCGACUUUUGCAUGGCGAAUGUUGACCUCCUAUCUCAACAUCCGGGGCCAAAGUUCCAAUCCUAACGAUCUGGCCGUACGCAACGAGGUAAUUGCAAACAUCGCCGAUGACUUCAACCGAACCUUUGCACCAUAUGGUGACUCGCGUUUUUCCCAAAUGGACCGCCUCUCUCACCUGCAAAGCGUGGUUCGAGAAGCGUCCAGGCUCGGCAUCUGGUUAUUUUCGCAGCCAUGCUCAUUUGAGUUCCACUGGUCAAUGGCCAGUGAGACAAAUUCGAUAGCGGUGCUUCCAUCCGUGAUUAAGCUUCACGAUGAGCAGGGUAGACGAUUGGUUGUUCCCCAGUCGUUGUUGAAUGAGACGAAGGCGCAGAUUUGA